GCUGAGUGGGUAGUAGUAGCAGCUAUGAAACGGUGUGCUUGUGCUCAACGUGCAGAAUUGAACAAUCCUCAACCGUUUUGCAGUAUUAAUGAGUUCUCCAUAACGAUUUUCAUGGAUGCCGAGUGCAACGUAAAUUAGGAAGACCAGCGUGGAGACCAUGGAUAGAGAUUUACUGAAACAGUCUCUCUCAUUCCAUGGACAAAGUCUGUUUUCCCUUCUCAACUGUGAACAGAGUGAAAAUCCAGAUUUUAAAGCAGUUGCAACUGAUCUAUUUAAAGCUGCUCACCAAAGAAGGGAGAGAGAAAAUGACAGCCCAGUUGUGGAGCAGUUCAUAGCAAGGAAAGCAGACAUCCUGUUUGCACCUUCGUGGAAGUUCUGUGCCCCUAGCGAUGAUGAUCAUCAGGAGACUAGAGAACCAUAUGCCAUAAUGCCACCACUGGAGCAGUUCAUGGAGGUUCCUUUUGAGGAGAGGAGGGAUCUCUUCUACAGGGAUGUUGAGCGUGGGGAUAUGGUUAUAGGACGCAUCAAUUCAAUCCGAGACUUCGGUUUCUUUGUUACUAUUAUCUGCACAGCUGGUGGACUGAAGAGGGACAUUGAAGAUCUGGAGCUCACUGCUCUUUGUCCCAUCAGAGACGUACCAUCGACAGGACAUCAUGAUGAUCCUUUGUCUUAUUAUCAAAUUGGAGAUUUGAUAAGAGCUGGUGUGAAGGACAUUGACCGGUAUCAUGAAAAACUGACAAUCUCGCUGUAUUCAUCUUCACUGGCUGCAAAUUUGAGUAAAUUCAAACUGGGUGUGAUAAGCAAAGAAGAUCUGCCACUUCACUACAUUCGUGCAGAACGAGUUUCCAGUGACAGGAGUCUGACAUAUGAAAAGCUUCUGGAGAGUUCUCUUGGCUUUUCCAACCCCUCAAAUGUGGAUGUUCUCCUGGAGAAACUGGGAGUCAGUGAUACACAGUCUGCUUCCCUUAUGAGGGGGCUACAAAGCAAGCAUUUUAUGGAAGAAGAUUUUGCUACAGCCAUCCGGAAAAAGCAGUCCGCUUCUUGGGCUUUAAAAUGUGUCAAAGCGGGUGUUGACCACUUCAAGUCGGGUCGUCACGUUGAAGCGAUGAACGAGUACAACAAGGCUUUGGAGAUUGACACCAACAACGUGGAAGCUCUUGUCGCACGUGGAGCACUAUAUGCCACAAAAGGAAGCCUUGUGAAGGCUAUAGGCGAUUUUGAACUUGCCUUGGAAGGUUGUCCAUCACACAGGAAUGCAAAGAAGUAUCUCUGCCAGACACUGGUAGAACGAGGCCAACAGCUUGAAGAAGAAGAAAAGUUGGUUACAGCAGAGGGCUUGUACAGAAAAGCCAUAGCAUUGGACAGCUCAUUUCAGGAGGCAGAGGAUGCCCUGCAGAAACUUCAGCUACACAUCCAGAAAUCCCUUAAACUGAAAGAAGAAGCAGCAAAAGAACAAGAAAAGGCUAAGACUGUGGAAACGAGUGCAGAGAAAUUGCGUAAGAUCCUAAAAGAGGAGAAAAGAAUGAAAAAGAAGAGAAAGAGGUCUUCUUCCUCUUCCUCCACGUCGUCAAGCUCUUCCUCGUCCAGCCGGGGCUCCUAUUCCUCCGGCCGGAAAAAGUCAAAGAAAAGGAAACGAAAGCGAAAACGCUCUUCUCACAGUUACAAGAAACGUCACCGCAGAAUCUCGUCUCGUGACGAAAAAUCGACCGAAGAAGAGGUCGAAUGGUACCCCGCCCCAGCCGAUACCUCAGCGUCCUUCAUCAACCAGACACAAGCCAUGGCCAAACUGUUGGAAGACAAAAGUGAGUCUGGAGACCGGCGUCUGUCUCAAAGCAGAGAGGGUGCUCGGUCCCAUUCCUUUGGUUCCACGUCUGGCGUUGAGACAAUGGAGGAAAAACGAGGUAGGUUUGAAGAUGAUCCUUUUGACCGUAGCCCAAGGGGAAAAGAGAGAGUGCAGCACAGUAAACAGUCCACAGGUUCCAAACACAGGAGCAGCUCUAAGGUGAAUGGCAGAGAGAGAGAAAGCCACAGAAAGUCAGAGGAAGGCCACAGCGGCGGCGGCAGCCGUCCAGAAUGUUCCGGCAUAUCCAGCAAGAGCAGGAGGUACUCCUCCUCCUCGGCGGGCUCGGAGUAUUCUCGCAAGUCCGGGCAUUCGGUGGACCCUCCAUCACGCGAUAGCAACUACAGGGGGUCAGAGGGCCGCCAGUGUGACCUAACGUAUAGAACAGACAGGUCUGAUAGCAAAGAUAGUAGAAGAACAGGCGUAAACUAUGGCCGAUCGAGCUGCGAUGUCUCCCAGGACAAUAAAACAAUGGUGGAGGGAGGUCAGAGAAAAGAACUCCCUUCAAACUUGCUGGAUAUCUUCAGUCAGAUCGCUCAGUUUGAGAAGGAGAAAAGACAGAAAAAAUGAAGUCUUUCUGAGAGCGUGCUUCUGUGUACAGCGAUGUAACUGCCAAUCAUAAUGGCACAUUGGAAGAGGGGAAUCAUGACAGCGAUGUUUAAAAGCGAAUGCUUUAACUAUGUCGUCUGUACGGCUUUGUUUUCUAUUUUUUUUUUUUUUUUUUGUGACGUGAAUUACUCUGCAAAUGCUUGGAAAGGAUCUCCAAUACACUGCCUUAAAGUUCAUAUUGUCUGAUUUUCUUUUCUGUGUCCUGUAAUAUCAGUGUGAAAGAGGAACUAUCAGAACUGUUGGGAUAUUAGGGAAAUUUGAGGAAUUGGUUUGCCCACUCAAAUGCUUAUGCAAUUUGAGACCUGCCCCAAUACUCGUGAAUAGCUUCAUUCCCUUGCUACUUUUUUUUUUUUCUUAACUACAGAACUUCAGGUGACGGAAUGCGUGAGAAGUUCAUAAUAUGUAAAUCUCACAUCCAGUUGAAGCUGUUUUUGAGUAUUUGGACAGGUAAUGUUAGUGCCAAGUACAAUGUCUUUUUUUUUUUUUUCCCCAGUUGUGCAGCAGUAUUCAGUAUGAACAGAGCGUACAGUGUCCAUGUGUAGACCCUAAAUAAAUACUCUGUGAAAUCCCCCA